CAAAGAUCCCAUUUCUUCUUCGCUCACUGCCUUCCUCAUUUUCUUCUUCAUCAAAAAUGCGCAUAAAAAACUCACCAUUAACAAGAUCCAAUUCCAGAUCCCCAAUUUUCCUCUUCACUCUCUCUCUCCUUCUCCUCUCUCUCCUCUUCAUUCUCUUCUCUCUCUCCUCCCACUCCCACUCCCCCUUCUCGGACCCGUACCCGAACCCCGAUCCGACCCCCAAACCCGAGACUUCCUUCGUAACUUCCCUUGAACACUUCCUCACUCAGAAGUCGCCCCGGUUCCCAGCGGUUAAAGACGACACGGUGGCCGGUACGGUUAGUGAGGAUGACGUCAGGAGGUUCGAUGACGUGGCAUUCAAGAAAGAAAGGGAGAGGGUUUACGGAGAUUUGUACUACCCGGUGAAUUUGCCAAUUAGGGUUUAUGUUUACGAGAUGCCGAGAAAAUUUACUUAUGAUUUGCUUUGGUUGUUUAGAAAUACUUAUAAAGAGACUUCGAAUUUGACCUCAAAUGGCAGCCCAGUUCAUCGCUUAAUCGAACAGCAUUCAAUUGAUUAUUGGCUUUGGGUGGAUUUGAUUGUACCGGAGUCGGAAAGGCUUUUGAAAAAUGUUGUGAGAGUCAAUCGGCAGGAGGAGGCUGAUUUAUUUUACAUCCCAUUCUUCACAACAAUCAGCUUUUUCUUGAUGGAGAAGCAACAAUGCAAGGCUCUUUAUAGGGAAGCUUUGAAGUGGGUAACAGAUCAACCUGCUUGGAAACGAUCUGGAGGGAGGGAUCACAUACUUCCUGUUCAUCAUCCAUGGUCUUUUAAAUCUGUUCGAAGAUAUAUGAAAAAUGCAAUCUGGCUGUUACCAGAUAUGGACUCCACUGGAAACUGGUACAAACCAGGACAAGUUUCACUGGAGAAAGACUUGAUUCUUCCUUAUGUCCCAAAUGUUGAUUUCUGCGAUGCCAAAUGCGUAUCAGAAAGUGAAUCUAAGAGAAGCACUCUGCUUUUUUUUCGUGGGCGGCUUAAAAGAAAUGCUGGGGGAAAGAUACGUGCUAAACUUGUAGCGGAGUUAACUGGUGCUGAUCAUGUAGAUAUAGAGGAGGGGACAGCUGGGGAGGGGGGAAAAGCAGCUGCUCAAAAUGGAAUGCGUAGGUCUAUUUUUUGCUUAAGUCCAGCUGGUGACACUCCAUCCUCUGCUAGACUGUUUGAUGCUAUAGUCAGUGGAUGUAUCCCUGUUAUUGUUAGUGAUGAAUUGGAGCUUCCUUUUGAAGGAAUCCUUGACUAUAGGAAGAUAGCUUUAUUUGUUUCUUCCAGUGAUGCUAUACAACCAGGAUGGCUUUUGAAAUUUCUAAAGGGUGUUAGCCCUGCUCAAAUAAGAGAAAUGCGGAGAAACCUUGUACAGUACUCAAGGCAUUUCCUGUAUUCCAGUCCUGCUCAACCUUUGGGUCCAGAAGAUUUGGUUUGGAGAAUGAUGGCUGGUAAGUUGGUAAACAUCAAGCUUCAUACCCGGAGAUCUCAGCGCGCGGUGGGAGAGUCUAGAAGUAUAUGCACCUGUGAUUGCAGGCGUCCCAACGUUACAAGUAUUUUGUCUUGAUUUUUGGCUCUCCUGUGUGUAAGAAAUACUGCUUGUUCAAAUACUGAGUUUCUAUAGUGUAGCUGUGGAUGAUGAAUUCUGUGAAUUUUGUUCUACUACCAUUUGUAAACAUUAUUUCUUUCAUGAAAUACUUUGGUAGUGUUUUAUGAAAUUGUUUUCAUAAAAUGAUAUUUACAUUAUAUUUCAGAAAACAAUAAUCUGAAAAUCACGGU